UGUGGGUGUUCAGUGGUCCAUUCUGCAAGAGCAAAUUUGAAUUUCAGAUCAUGACCGAAGAGGCUUUUGAUGUGAUGGUGGUUGGCUCUUGUAUGACUGACUUGGUGAGCCAGGCACCAAGGCUACCCAAAGCAGGGGAAACCAUCCAUGGUCACAAGUUCUUCAUCGGCUUUGGAGGAAAAGGGGCCAACCAGUGCGUUCAGGCUGCCAGACUGGGAGCCAAAACCGCUAUGGUCUGCAAGGUUGGUAAAGACUUCUUUGGAGACAAUUACAUCCAGAAUUUCAAGGACAGCGGUGUACACACAGAUUUUGUAGGCCAGUCUUCUGACGCAGCCACAGGAGCUGCCUCCAUCAUUGUCAACGAUGCAGGUGAGAACGCCAUUGUGAUCGUGGCCGGUGCCAACAUGCUGCUGGGCAGUGAGGAGCUGCAGGAAGCUCUUCCAGCCAUCAGCCAUGCAAAAGUGCUGGUGUGCCAGCUGGAGAUCAGUUCGCAGACAUCCUUGCAGGCACUGCGCAUGGCUCAGGGGAACAAAGUAAAGACGAUAUUCAACCCGGCACCGGCCAUCCCUGACUUGGAUCCAGAUUUCUACAGAGCCUCUGAUGUGUUUUGCUGUAAUGAGUCUGAGGCUGAGCUGCUGACUGGUUCCUCCGUAGCUAAUGUGGAGGAAGCACAUUGGGCCAGUCAGGAGCUGCUGAAGCGAGGCUGUGGGUCGGUCAUCAUCACUUUGGGACCUCAAGGAUGUGUGGUGCUCAAGGCACAGGAGCUGACCCUAAAACAUGUUCCUGCCCCUCCUGUCACAGCAGUGGACACCACGGGUGCUGGAGACAGCUUUAUUGGAGCUCUGGCAUUUUAUAUGGCUCAUUAUCCCACAAUGCCUCUGGAGGAGAUGGCCCGCAGAGCCAAUCAGGUCGCAGGAGUGAGUGUGCAGGCUGUCGGCACACAGGCGUCUUUCCCCUUCAAGAAGGACCUAUCAGCUGAACUGUUCUGAGAGCAGCACAUCAGGGAGUAGACUCCAGUUUAAAUGGAUCAAAUCUGGGAUGGAUCUUAUUGAAUGUGAACACUGACUUCUGAAAUUAGCUGCCUCUGAGAAAUCUAAGAACAAUAUAAUGAUACUCAUAAGGUCUGUAAUUAUGUUAUUUUAAUAUAAAGCUGAACUUGACUUUGACUGUCAAUAUUACUUAUAUGAAUAGUGCCUUAGUGAUGACACAGCUAUUAACAACACACAAAUGUAUGUUUUUGUACAACCUUUUUUUUUAAAUCUCAAACACUUUAAUAACUGACAAACAUCUUCACACUUCAGCUUCUACGGCACAUAAUUGACUUAAUUUAUUGAAUUACCCCAAACAAAUCAAGUACAUUUACCCAGUUGGAAUAUUUAAAUAUUAUCAGUGAUACAUUCUGUAUAGAUCUGCUCAACAGCCUUAUAGUAUUAUUUCAUAACCUCACUUUUACACAUAAGCAGUACUUCCUUGUUGAAAGUGGUGGAAAUAAAGACUUUAUUGAAGCUCG